AUGAAAAGCGAAGAUGAAGCCAUAAGAAAAUUUAAAGGUAGACCACUGUUCGAAAAUUUGCAUAAAAUGAAUCAGACAAGUUUACUGUCGCACACGUCGAUAGAAAUAGAUCUAAAAGGUUUUUUCAACUUAGUAGUUAUUUUAAUAUGUACAACAAAUUUCGUACUUGUUUUUGAAAAUUUUAAAAACUAUGGAACAAUAAUAAGUAUGCCAACAAGUCGUGAGCUAAUUGAGCAUUUGCCAUUGCUAGUUUGUUUAGUUUGUUUAAAUGUAAGCGUUAUAUUUAGUUGGUUUAUCGAAAGGUAUGUAUCUUUGUGGCUUUAUAAUUGUGUAAUAAUUGAGAAUAAAAAGUCCAGUGGUAUGGAAGUUUUCGUCCCAAAAGAUAUUGAUGAUGAUAUAAAGAGCGUAAGUAACCACGACUAUUUGAGUAAAAUGGACGAUUCCACAACAAAUGAUGAAAUAAAUAAUGAUGAAACUGAUAAGAGUAAUGGUAGAAACGUGCAUAUGAGGAGGAGCUACGUGAAUAGGAGGCAAGAGGAGCGGUGUAGUAUACUUAAGGGAGAAGAACAACGUGAGCAGCGCAUCAGCCGUACGAUUAGUAGUGGUGGUGGUGUUGGUAGUGGCAGUGGCAGUGGUAGCGGUGUGUGCGAAUUAAAGAAACGAAAACAUGGGUGGAAAAAUUUUCAUCUGUCUAUAUUUUUAUUGAAAUUUAUAAAUAGCAUUUAUAUGUUAAACUUGCCAUAUUUGACAGUAUCCUAUUGUGAUGCGAAGCCAGUGCUAUCAGCAGUACUAUUAACCAUUUCCAUCGUUUGGUUUUUUAAAAUAUACUCCUUUCACGAUGUGUGUUACGACACAAGGAAACUGUACAUUGACAAUAUGAAUAUGAACAAGAUAGAUACAGAUGGUGGCAGUAGUCGUAGUAAUGAAGGGGGUAAUCAUAUAAAUAAAAGGAGCAAUUAUAUCAAUAGUAAUAGCAGUAGUGGUAGCGGUAGCAACACUUGCGGUAGUAAUGAGGGCGCCUUUGAUUUGAAGGGCAUCAGAACAUACCCGCAUUGUUUGAAAUUAAAGAAUUAUUAUACGUACAUUUUAAUGCCAACGAUGUGUUUUCAAUAUACAUAUCCUAGAACGGAAAAAAUAAGAUGGAUGCAUGUAGUAAAGCAUAUAUUUGAAAUCGCUUUAUUAUUAUUAAUGAUGAAGAUAAUUUCGGAUCAAUAUGUAUUUUUGACUUUAGAAAAUACAUUUACAAUGAAAGAGUUUCGAUCAGCAAAUUUUUCUGUUAAAAUAUUUCUACUAAUCGAAAGAAUGUUAAAAAUAUGUAUACCGACAUUAUAUAUAUGGUUACUUGGUUUUUUAGUAGUUUUUCAUCAUUGGUGUAAUUUAUGUGCAGAAUUAACAAGAUUUGGCGAUAGAUUAUUUUAUAAGGACUGGUGGAAUGCUAGUUCAUUAAUGGAGUAUUGGAGAAAAUGGAAUUUGCCUAUACAUUAUUUUGUGUCAAGACAUAUUAACAAGCCAUUAAUAUAUUAUGGUUUUAAUAAAAAUACUUCUAUGUUUAUUGUUUUUUUAAUAUCAGCAAUACUACAUGAAUAUAUUAUAAGUAUUCCUUUGAAAUUAGGAUUUUCAGGCUAUUUUUUUUUUAUUUUUAUUGCUCAAGUACCACUAAUGCAAUUAACGAAUUACUCAUUUUUUAAAAAGCAUAAGACUAUAGGUAAUUCAAUUUUUUGGGUAGUCUUUUGUGUUAUGGGUCAGCCGCUCAUUUUGUUCAUCUACUACUACUCCUGGAGUGUCAGGCGGGGCAUCUUCAAGGAUUGA